CAGUAGAUCAGUGUGUGAGAGUGUGAGCGUCUCUCUCUCUUGGUGAACGCUCUCGGAGCAGCAGCACGCGCACAGACACCGAGUUUCUCACCAAUCAACAUGGACGAGUCGAGUAGCUGACGGUCUGCCUUUAACCUCCAUAAACAUCGCCUCUUUAUGUGUCUGAGCGAAUAAACAUCUGGUAAACAAACAUCUGGUAAACAAACAUCUGGAAAACAAACAUGAAGCUCAUCAUCGGUGUCGGAGGGGUAACUAACGGGGGUAAAACUACCCUGACUGACCGUUUGUGCCACGACCUGCCCAACUGCUGUGUGGUUCAUCAGGACGACUUCUUCAAGCCCCAGGAUGAGAUCCAAGUCGGGGAGGAUGGCUUUAAGCAGUAUGAUGUGAUCACAGCUUUGGACAUGGACGCCAUGAUGAGCACCAUCUACGCCUGGCAGGAGAACCCGGUGAAGUUUGAGCGCUCCCACGGUGUGGACAGCACGCUGGACCGUGAGAUCCUGCCUCGCUCCGGAGAGGACGAGGAUGAGGGCGUGCACAUCCUCAUCGUGGAAGGGUUUCUGCUCUACACCUACAGUCCUCUGAUUGAUGUGUUUGAUCAGCGGUUCUUUAUUUCCAUCCCGUAUGAAGAAUGCAAAAAGAGGAGGUGCUCAAGGAACUAUGCCGUGCCGGACCCCCCAGGUCUGUUCGAUGGUCACGUCUGGCCGAUGUACGUCAGACACAAGAAGCAGAUGGAGGACAUGGGAGUGGAUGUUGAACAACUUGACGGAACUCUGUCGAAGGAGCAGCUGUUUAACUCUGUGUACGGUGACAUCAUCAACAACAUCCAGAACCUGAUGAGGUCUGUUGAUCAGCACUAAGGCACAAAAGGAGGAAUACAAAGCCAUCUCUGCUGCAGGAGUGUGUGUGUGUGUGAGCGAGUGAGUGUAUGUGCGAGUGAGUGUAUGUGCGAGUGAGUGUAUGUGCGAGUGAGUGUAUGUGCGAGUGAGUGUAUGUGCGAGUGAGUGUAUGUGCGAGUGAGUGUAUGUGCGAGUGUGUGUGUGUGAGUGUGUGUGUGAGUGUGUGUGUGAGUGUGUGUGAGUGUGUGUGUGAGUGUGUGUGUGUGUGAGUGUGUGUGUGUGUGUGGUCUCAGACUGGCUCUGCAUUGACUGUUACCUGCUUUAGCUCUUUUAUACCUUUGGUACAUCCUCCAUAUUUAUUAGCUGUAAUAACAAAGCGAGUUCCACUCCGUAUUAAAGACGUCACUCCUACGA